AUGCCUGGCAAGCACAAGAAACGCCCAGAUAUCCACGCCAGCCCAUGUUCGACUUCCAACGUUGCUUUAGAAGUCGCCCUGGAUAAUCACCAUGUGGAGGCUGCAGAGGAUCUGAUUCUACGCAGAUUUGAAAUUGACUCAGACGCAGUGGUCCCUCCUGAAGAAUGGAUACAACGUCAACGACGGUCUGGGUCUUAUUGGCAACGCCCUCAGGUGAAAUACCUGCUUGAACACGGCGCUGAUCCGAAUGGUAACUAUUAUAUGAACGAAUCGCCGCUGCAGUGGGCCAGGGCGAAAGAUCCGGAGAUUGUUGACAUUUUUCUUGCUCAUGGUGCGAAGGAUGAUCAAGGGACGAUAGAUAUUGAGGAUGGAACGGAUGGUCAAAGUACGACUAAUGGGAAGGGGCGGAGGAAGAGAGAGAUUUGGUUCAAGUAA